AGUUCAGGGGAAAUAUUACAAUUUUACCCCAUGGCUGUUCUUGACGCAAUUGCAUUAUUUACUGUUUAAAAUUUGUUACUAUUUGAAAAAAGUGGACUUUAAAGGGUCGAAUAUGCAUUACGUAGUGGUAGAUUUGUAUAAGGCUUAAGAACAUAUUUAGAAGGUUGCACCAAGUGUUAAGUUAGAAGAACAUGCCAGUUCAAUGCAAGUUAUGCAAAAAGUCUUACCAGAAAACAGAUUCCCUCAGAACACACCUUAUAAGAAAGCACGGAAUUCCGGAAAAAAAAAUACCAAUCGAAGAUGAAUGGGAUCCCCCUGUUGCAGAAGAUAUAACAAUUGAUGAAAAUGCGUUUGAUGAGCUUCCAGAUUUAGAGUUUGAUAACAAAGAGCAGAAAGAACAUGUUUCUCCUCAAAAAGAUGACUUGAGGCUGGUAAAGGAAAAUAGGAGCCAAAAUAAAAAGCAACGAAAGAAAAGUCUUCACCUUCGCAGAAAUUAUAUGCCCAUAGUGAAAAAACUGUUUAAGAAGAUUGCAAUUACUCGUUUUGCAAAAAAGUCUAAAUGCCAGUGGUUUAAACGAUAUAAGUGUAAUGUUUGUAAUCGAAGAUUUUGGACAAAGUACGAAGUAUUAUUACAUAUGGCUUUUAGGCGGCAUCCUACUUCAAAAAAGCCAAAAAGAAACAAAAAAAGAAGUAUAAAGAAUAAAGAAAUUUUAAAACCUCACUCUUCGAAAAAAUUAAAAAAAACCCAAGAAAAGGUUGAAAAAAAGAAGGAAAAGGAGAGUCUCAUAUGUAAAUCCUGCUCUAAAACAUUUGUUAAAUUGGACAAGCUAGUUCUUCAUAAACUUAGUAAGACAGAAAAAUGCACUGAGCCUUUAGGAUGCGCUCUUUGUAAUUUCAAAGGGAAGAGUGUUGCUCGGGUUAGGAAUCAUGAAAGGAAAAUACAUAAUAUCUGUAACUUAGUAUUUGAUUGCUACCUCUGCAAAGAAGGUUUCACAUCUUUAUCGAAAUUCGAGCACCACUUAAAAACUAUUCAUGAACUUAAUAUAAGGGAAACAUUCAAGGAGUUAUACCGAGAGCGAAGUGAAUCCUUUAUUUUCAUGAAUUAUCGUCCUUUCAUGCAUGGCUCGAAAGUAUGCUUUAAGAGAAUCUUCAGGUGUCCAGUCUGUGAUCAUAAGAAUGUUUCCAUGGCAGAUACAGAAAGCCAUAUAAAAGAAAAACACAAUGAUUUAUUUGAAUGCAAAAUCUGUUCUAAAGUGCUAUUUUCCAAUGUUGGAAAGAAAAGACAUUUAGCCCUUCACUGGAAGUCAGAACAACUAUCUGACUCAAUAUCUGGAACUAAGAAGAGAGAUGUGUAUGAAUGUUUGAUAUGCUGCCACAAAGAUGAAAAUUUUCAUGAUUUAGUUGCUCAUAUCACAUACUUACAUAUGUUUAAGAAACCGAAAGUUAUAAUUGAAAACUUUAAAAAGAAAAAGGAAAAGAGAAUUACAAGUUCUUGUGUAUCUGUCUGGAAUUAUCUAUUGACUGAUAAAGUAGACUAUCUUCUCCAACAGUCAGAUAGUAACUCUACUGAUUCAAAUUCUGAGUCUUCAAGUACCUCCUCUAGUCUUACCAAAACAUCAACGAAGCAAACAACCGAACAGCCAAAAAACUCGUCCGAAGCAUGUCUUCCAAGAUAUUGUGUAACUAAAUCUAAGUCUUCGAAAUCAAUUGAAAAUUGUCAGGAGAAUCAGCAAGAUAAAAAGCUGCUCCUUAGAUUUGAAAAAGUGAAACAUUCUGUUGAAUUUAAACCAAAACAUAUAAAAAGAAAACGUAGCGAGACUGAAACGGGGAUUACUGAAGGACUGAAAAUGAAAGUUCCUAAAUCAAUCGCGAAUGAUACAAAAUCUAACGACAAGAUAUUAGCUGAUAAAAGAGAAAAGCUAAGCAGCCCUGUAAAGGACAAGAAAAGAGAGAGCAGCAAAAUUACUCAACUUUUAAAUAAUCCCCUAAGCCUACUUCUAAUAGAGAAUAAAACCUCAACAGAUUCGUCUACUCAGAUACCAAUGGCGAAAUCUCUGGAUAUUGAAGCUCAGGGAAAUAAGCAAAACAACAAUUCAAUAACAGAAAAUUCUGAAGAAAGUGCCAAAACAUCCAGUAUAUCGGAUAAUUGUGUGGAGUCAACAAAGUCUCCUGGGAAUGAUAAAUCGAAUUCCAACAAUAAAAUAGAAAAUAAAGAAAAUAUAAUUUCCGAAGAAAAAGAAACACCUGACAAAAAUCUUGAAUCAACAAAAGCUAUUGCUGAAGAGGCAGAUACCUCGAAGGAACAGUUAACUAGUAAAAAACAAAAAGUGCAGGACAUGAUAUCUGCUGUUCGUUCAGAAAAUAUUAGUCAGAGUUGUAAUUCAUCAGAAUCAAUCAGUAUUAAUGUUGCUUGUCAAUCAUCGUCGAUAGUGUCACAAAAAACAGACGAACCUGCUACUUUAAUUGUAAAAUGCGAACCAACCACUUCCUCUUCACUAUCAAGUAUGUGUAAAGUUUGUUUUACCCUAGUCUCUGAAGCGGAAAUGCCAGAGCACAUGAAUCGGCAUGUUCUCAUUGUAUGCGAAUUUUGCACUUUCGGAACAUUAUCAGAAAAUGCUUUAAAUAGCCAUGUUGAAGAUUUUCACUCACUACCAGUGGAAACUGCGGAACCUAAUCUAAAGUGCCAGGCGUGUAACUUUACAGGAACUCGAGAAGAAAUUAUCAGUCAUCUAAUAAAUAAGUGUGAAUUCACAUUACAAGUACGGUGCUUCAAGUGCAAAUAUUAUGCACUUUCUAAAACAGAUCUCAAUACCCAUUAUAACCAAUCUCAUCUUGAUACUAAAAAUAUACAUAGAUGCUUUAAGUGUAACUAUUCUUCGAAACACUGGGUCUUUUUCCAAAUGCAUAACGAAAUUAAACAUAAUCAGAAAGGUGCUGACGAUCUAAACUCGGAUAUGAAGAACUUCCUCAAAGCGUUCAAACAACGAUUAUUAAAUAGAAUUGCUGUAUUGCCCAAAACGCAAACAAAAUUUUCAUGUUGUCACUGUGAUUUUGAUGACACUUCGACAGAAUCUAUAAUUCAGCAUUCAACUGGACUUCACUCGAAACCGUUCAGAGCUUCCGAGAAAAUCAUCGAUCUUAAAAAGGUUGAAUAUAAAUGUUUGCAUUGCGGAAAUAUUUUGUCAAAUCUUGAUUCCAUGUUAAUUCAUCUACGGGUUAACCAUAAUCAAAAGGAUUUUACAAAAUCCUCCAUUCUGAAUAAUUUUGAUGUUGUUGAUGAGGAUACUGGGGACGGUGAUGUGGUUUACUUAAUGACUACUUUUGAAAAUCUUUUCAAGCCAAACAGCCAAAUUCAAGUAUUACAGAAUAAUAAUUCUCAAAUUGAAGUUGAAUACGUACCAAAAGCACCAGUAACAAUUGAGGAACAUCAUCUUAAAGAAUUUGAAACUGAAAUUAUUACGUCACUUUUGAGCAUUGGAAAGGAGGGCGCCAUAGACGUGGCAAAUACCAGGAAAACGAAAUCGGAUGUAAUCGAAUUAUCUGAUGAUGAGGUUUCACAAAAGCCUAAUGAUAUUUUUAUAGAUUUGACGCUAGAUGAAGAUAGCCAAGAAUGCAAGGUAUAA